AUGGAUCCAUCGUAUAAACCUUACGUAGUUGUUGUUGUGAUACAAGCACUCUAUGCCGGCAUGCAUAUAAUCUCCAAGGUGGCUCUAAAUGUUGGUCUCAAAUCAUAUAUUCUUGUUUUCUACAGACAAGCUCUAGCAACUAUGUUCUUGGCUCCCAUAGCUCUCUUUCUGGAAUGGAAAACAGCACCUCCUCUAACAUUCAUGGCAUUCUUCAAGAUGUGUAUUCUUUCUCUUUUUGGAAUUACAUUGAGUUGGAACGUCAACACAUUGGCUCUUCAAUACACAUCAGCAACCUUGUCGGCAGCAGCUGUUAGUACAAUUCCGGUUUUCACCUUUUUCCUUGCUGUUUUAUUCAGGAUGGAAAAGUUAAAUGGGAGAACAAUUCCUGGGAUUAUAAAGAUUUUUGGAAUAUUAAUUUGCCAAGGAGGAGCCAUAACCAUUGCUUUCUAUAAAGGGCCACCUUAUUUGAGAUUGUUGAUGCACAAUCAUUUGCUCAAAAUUCAUAGUAAAGAAGGAGAUCAAGGUCAAAAUAUUGCUUCUUCUAGCACCACAUGGGUAAAAGGAGUAUUUUUAAUGCUGGUUUCCUACUUGUUUUGGAGCUCUUGGCUUCUAUUUCAGGGAAAAGUCUUGGAAAUCUUCCCUUCAAGGCUUUUGUGCACAACUUUUCAGAGCUUCCUUAGUGCUAUCCAGUGCUUCCUUAUUGCCAUAGCUUUGGAAAGAAACCCUAAUGAAUGGAAACUUGGAUGGAACGUGAAACUUCUAUCAGUUACUUAUUGUGGAAUUGUUAUUAGUGGUAUAACAUUCUUCUUACAAGCUUGGGUUGUUCAAAAGAAAGGUCCCGUAUUUCAAGCUAUUUGGACCCCGUUGACUCUGAUAUGUACGGCAUUUGCAGCUGCCAUUCUCUUUGGGCAAAUACUUAGCUUGGGAAGCGUUUUAGGUGCAAUAUUAUUAGUGGUGGGACUUUACUGUGUGCUGUGGGGAAAACUCAAGGAGCAAAGUAAGGACAAAUUCAGUUCUCAAUUGACGAAUGAAACAAAGGAAAUAGAUGCUAAUGCACCACAGAAUGCCAUAAGAAUAUAA